GGUCAACAAUGCUGAACUUUCUUAUAAGAUGGCGGAUUUUAGUUACAGAAUAAACUAGCUGGGUUUCCAUUCUGUAUGUAUUCUGUGUCACUGCUUCUGCUCUGCUCCCGCUAUGCUACUUCACCAAUGCUGUAUGCCGUUAACUUCAAUAAUUUAAGAUGGCAACAGUUGCUGUCAAGGAGGAGACCAAUAGCUGCCAAGACCCAGUACCAGGCUGCAGCACUGCAUGGUCUCCAAACGAUAAUCAUGUUGAUGAAGAUGAUUGUGAUGGCCGCAAACGUGCAGCCGACUGUCAAUUAUUCAUCCAAGGCAAAGCAAAUUAUGUUCAAAAUGCAGAAGAAAGUUCGGAGAAAGAUGAUAGCAGCUUAUCUGGCCACAUCAACACACAAUAAUCGCUGCAAUAUCCAUGGAUCAUUUUGAGGGAGGAUCAUGGAUCAUGGAUCAUUGGGGGCCACAGACCAGAAGCUCAGACCCAGCUCGGGGGCCCCUGGCAACCGCGAGGUUCCCACCCAGGGCCUCAAUAAAUAGGAAUAUUUUCAAAAAAAUAUUUAAACCAUGGUAUUUUGACAUUUAUUCUACUUUUUCAGAAAUGUGUGUUCAGAAUUAAUGUUUAAGUAGUUCAAGAUAUUUUGUCCAAUUCAAUUUUAAUAUUAUUGUAAAAAAACUUGAUACCUUUUCCGCGCACCUGUUUAUACUAUCUUAUGAGCCUGGGCUUGGGAAAAUGACCUGAUGAAACGAAAACCACCCUGACUAUGGCUCUGAGUGAUAAUCGCGAAUGGCAAGUCCUGGAUGAAUAUCAGUCCAAACCAUGUUUCCUACUCAAAUUUGCUUAAAUGGACAAUAAUUGACCACAGACAAAAUUCUUACUCUACCACAGUUGAUGUGACAAUCGAAGCAAACUGCUUCAUCGGUUCUGCCGCACUUUGCAUAAUUUAUUUCCAUGGAAUAUGAUACAGUUGAAUUUACAUUGCUAAUCAUCACAUUCACAACAUAGAAAUAUUUGUAUCAAGCUUAUGGAUGGACUAUCCUAUUCAUAUUAGUUACUUUUUUAUAACAUUAUUAAGGAGAUCAAUUUCAGAUUUUAGAAAAUUCUUUUUGUAUAAUAUAAAAAUUAUUUAUUUGGGUUACUGAUAAUUUUGGUCUCACAAAACCAUGAGCUGGAGAUGAUAUUCUUGUUCACAUCUAUCAUUUCUGAUUAUAUUUAAGUGUAUUGAUUGAUUUGCUGAUUUUAAUAAAACACAUUUUCAACAGUAUCCAUUGUGUUUGAUAAUUUCAAUAAGUAUCAGAAGCCAUUUAUAUUGAAGUGUUUGGGUAUACCUUAUAUUCAUAUUUAAGUCUUGAAUUUGUCAGUAAUUUAAUUAUUGUC